AUGAGCGACCUACGCGACCUGGCGACCGAAACGGGGAGUAAUCUUACAGCUACCGGCGACAGUGAGCAUUCGGUACCUCGUCCAGGGCCGCCGAGCAGACAACCCAACUCGCCAGCUCAAGGCACCAGGAACGGUGGACUUAUGAUAGCUACGCUACGAAACAGUCUCAAGCUUUUGACGACAGAGAACUCGACCGGGCAACUUGAUGGGGGCAUAAUGAAUCUGAAUACCGACGAGCUCGCAAGAAGCGGUAUUCAAGUUACUAUGACCACACCUCUGGGUGCCUAUCGUAUUACACUCAAGGGUGGUGACAUAACUAAGCUUUCUAAAGUCAUGGAGGUUGCAUACUCCGUCAAUGGACCUGGUCAGAGUUUCUCAGCCGUCAUUGACGUCAACAAUCUGAAGUCGGCCCUGUAUCGUUACUCCAAGAGGAAGCGGCUCCCACUCGAUUACGAUGAACUUGCCGAGAGAGAAGCAAGGGCACCUACUAGACGGCACUCAUGCCUCAAAGCCGACGACGAUGGGCUCAUGAAGGGUUGCCCACGUUGUGAUACCCUCAGUCACAAUGCCAGUAACUGUUCUACUGUCAAGACUGACAAGGAAAGGUUCGUUUGGUUUGUCAAGAAGCGAGGCAGUAUGCCAAGCUUCUUGGACUUCAACACCUGGUUCCGCCUUGCGUCUGUCGAAGGCAGCCUCACCGCGCAAGACCGUUUUCCUUGGUCCGCUAAGUUCACAAAGUUCAAUGCCGAUGACAUUGAGCAACUCCAGAAUGAUCUGGACACUCUCGGUCUCGGAGAAGACCAGAAAGCUCUGGAUGCUUCACAGGAAACAGUCGUCCUUGAUGGCGUUGUCAUGAACAAGAAAAGGGCGGCCAUUAUCCUUGCUGGUGACUCUUAG